AUUUUCAACAAGCAACACUGACAAUGAUCUCUCUCUCCCAAAAUGCAUGGGAUAAAAUGUGUGGGUGUGGCCACACGUCCUCCUCUUCUCCAGCAGUAAAUUUUGAUCAGUAGCUUCUCUUUAUCCAAACACAAAAUCUUUUCAGUCAGUAGCUUAGCUUAGCUUCUCUUGUUUUUCCUGUUAAUUAAUUUCUGGGUGUUUCUUGAAAUGCUUUUAAUCUUCCUUAAACUCACCCUUCUUCCUCUACUAUGAACAUCAUGCUGCUUGACCCAAUUGCUUGCUAUAGCCUCCCUAAGGGAUACGAAGCUAUUACACUUAAAGUUUCUUCUCAUGCUUCACGUUUUAGUCGUCAUUUUUUCACUGUCUCCUGCACAUAUCAAAGACUGGUCUGUGGACCUGCUUUCUCUACAUUACACAGAAUAAAUCAUUGUUCUAGCAGUUCAUCUAAUGUCUUGCGGGAUGCUUCCUCUUUAGCUUCUUCAACUUUUGGUGGCAAAGAGUACUAUUUCAACCACAAGCAGGCUCGCAACAAAAAAAUUCAUAUAUGUGCUGCACUUGAUGUUGCGAGUGCUAUUGACGUCAUCAAUGACCUAGGAUUGGAUACUUUGACAUUCUUAAUAGUUACAGUCAUGAUUGUUCCUGCAUUCAAGAUCAUCAAAGCUAGCCCUAUACUAGGUUUCUUCUUUGCUGGGAUCGUGCUUAAUCAGUUUGGCUUGAUAAGGAAUCUUACAGAUGUUAAAGUUCUUUCUGAGUGGGGGAUCCUCUUUUUGCUUUUUGAGAUGGGCUUAGAGCUUUCACUUGCACGUCUAAAAGCUCUUGCAAAAUUUGCCUUUGGAAUGGGAUUGACUCAGGUUGUAUUAUGUACUCUUGCUUUCACAGCAUUUGAGCUUCCACCUAAUGGGGCUAUUGGCACUCGAAUUCUGGAGUUUCUGUUUCAUUCAAGAUCUGACGUGGUUAACAUCAGAAGUAUUGAUGAGGCUAUAGUAAUUGGUGCUGCACUCUCAUUGUCUUCUUCGGCUUUUGUCCUUCAGCUUCUUGCAGAGAAGGGUGAGCUACCAACUAGAUUCGGCUCAGCAACUCUAGGGAUACUUCUAUUACAGGAUAUAGCAGUUGUUCCUCUUUUAGUCAUACUUCCGGUGCUGGAGAGCCAGAAUCCACUUGAGGAAAGUAUUUGGCCAAUGCUUGUUAAAGAAAGUUUGAAGGCUUUAGGUGGACUAGGUCUGCUUUCUUUUGGAGGAAAGUAUUUUCUUAGGAGAAUUUUUGAGUUUGUUGCGGAAGCAAGAAGUUCCGAAGCUUUUGUUGCUCUCUGCCUACUUACAGUUGCUGGGACAUCACUUAUAACACAGAAGUUGGGCUUCAGUGAUACGCUUGGAGCAUUCUUGGCUGGGGCUCUUUUGGCAGAAACAAAUUUCCGAACGCAAAUUGAAGCUGAUAUAAGACCUUUUAGAGGUUUACUUCUUGGGUUAUUUUUUGUCACUACCGGAACUUCUAUUGACACAGAGCUUCUUUUGCGAGAGUGGCCAAAUGUAAUUGCGCUCUUGGCAGGUUUAAUUGCUAUUAAGACUCUAAUUAUAACAGCAAUUGGUCCUCGCGUUGGACUGACACUGCAAGAAAGUGUAAGGAUUGGACUGCUUCUGUCUCAGGGAGGUGAAUUCGGAUUUGUUGUUUUUUCACUAGCAAACAGGCUUGGGGUGCUACCACUUGAACUGAACAAGCUUCUCAUUAUAGUCGUCGUGUUCUCUAUGGCACUAACUCCUCUGCUCAAUGAUGUUGGACGAAAGGCUUCUGAGUUUAUUGCUAAAAACGUUGAAAAAGAUUAUAAAAUUGCUGAUGCUGUAAAUUUUGGUGCUACUGAACCAGUCGUUAUUCUUGGAUUUGGGCAGAUGGGACAGGUCCUUGCCAAUUUUUUGUCCACUCCUCUGGCUUCUGGAGGAGAUGGUAAUGCUGUUGGAUGGCCUUGUGUAGCUUUUGAUCUUGAUCUUUCUAUAGUGAAGGGAGCUACAAAUCUUGGUUUUCCGGUUCUCUACGGUGAUGGUUCACGCCCGGCAGUUUUGCAGUCUGCUGGUAUUUCUAAUCCAAAAGCUGUCAUGGUCAUGUACAGUAAAAGGGAGAGGGCACUUGAGGCUGUUCAAAGGAUUCGGCUUGCCUUCCCUGCAACCCCAAUUUAUGCUCGAGCGGUAGACCUCGACCAUCUCUUGGAUUUGAAGGAGGCAGGUGCAACAGACGCUAUUCUUGAAAAUGCUGAGACAAGUCUGCAGCUGGGUUCUAAGCUUUUGAAAGGGCUUGGUGUAAUGUCCGAUGACGUCUCUUUUUUAAGUCAGCUUGUUAGAGAUUCCAUGGAACAACAAGCUCAAUCCGCUGAUAGAACUGCAGCUAAAGAAACUGAUCUCAUGAAGUCUAUGCAGGUACGAGUGGGGGACUUGGUUAACACCCGUACACUUGUACAAUCUCUCGCAAUAAAAGACGAAUCACAGAGUGUGAACCAGAGAGACGGAAGUCGUGUAAACCAAAGAGAUGCAAGUCGCGUACAAACACUGGCAAAGGAAGAUGAUCGGUUGGAGUAUAAGGAUGACUCGGACCAAUCUGAGAUUGGUCGAGGCGUUUUGUAUUGUGAACUGGAUACAGAUGACAAUUCUCCACUACCAUAAUGAUCUUGUAAUGGAGAAAACUACGCAGAUCCAUUGAUGUACUGCCAAUUGCUAUCCUAGGAAAUUUGUUUCAACAAUGAGGGAAUGAACUCGAGCAUGCAACUUCGUUGUGCAGCCAGUUUCGUCUUGGUUAAGGGAGGAGGCCGGCCAAUAGUGUUGAUACAUAAAAGACCAUGCAGAGUUUGACAACAGAGUUCCUGCAGAGUUUAUACUUAGUUUCAUGUUUUGGUGGCCAAGCUAGCUACUGUACAUAAUCAACAAAAUCUUAGUUUUGUACAUGUUCUUGAUAUUCAUCUUAUUUGGGAUUGAGGACAUUAUAAUUGAACUAGUUGAAGUUCUUAGCUAUAAGAAUUGCUUCGAUA